CCUCCAGCUCUGCGGCCUCAGAGAGACUGAGAACAAGCCGAAGAGGAGUCUAGCGGACCCACCGCCAUGAGACAGGAUGUGCCCAAGCCCAACGCGGCAGCGCGCCGCUGCUCAGGCCUGGCCCGGCGCGUGCUGACCAUCGCCUUCGCCCUGCUCAUCCUGGGCCUCAUGACCUGGGCCUACGCCGCCGGUGUGCCGCUAGCCUCGGAUCGCUAUGGCCUCCUGGCCUUCGGUCUCUACGGGGCCUUCCUCUCCGCGCACCUGGUGGCGCAGAGUCUCUUUGCGUACCUGGAGCACCGGCGGGUGGCGGCUGCAGCGCGGCGCGCGGCAGCACGGGGACCCCUGGACGCAGCCACCGCCCGCAGCGUGGCGCUGACCAUCUCGGCUUACCAGGAGGACCCGGCGUACCUGCGCCAGUGUCUGACGUCCGCCCGCGCCCUGCUGUACCCGCGCGCGCGGCUGCGCGUGCUCAUGGUGGUGGAUGGCAACCGCGCCGAGGACCUCUACAUGGUCGACAUGUUCCGGGAGGUCUUCGCUGACGAGGACCCCGCCACCUAUGUGUGGGACGGCAAUUACCACCAGCCCUGGGAACCUGCGGCUGCGGGCGCUGUGGGUACCGGCGCCUACCGGGAGGUGGAGGCCGAAGAUCCUGGGCGGCUGGCGGUGGAGGCGCUGGUGAGGACGCGCAGGUGCGUGUGCGUGGCGCAGCGCUGGGGCGGCAAGCGCGAGGUCAUGUACACGGCCUUCAAGGCGCUCGGCGACUCGGUGGACUAUGUGCAGGUCUGUGACUCAGACACCAGGCUGGACCCCCUGGCACUGCUGGAGUUGGUGCGGGUGCUGGAUGAGGACCCCCGGGUAGGGGCUGUUGGGGGGGACGUGCGAAUCCUCAACCCUCUGGACUCGUGGGUCAGUUUCCUGAGCAGCCUGCGGUACUGGGUAGCCUUCAACGUGGAGCGUGCUUGUCAGAGCUACUUCCACUGCGUGUCCUGCAUCAGUGGUCCCCUCGGCUUGUACAGAAACAACCUCCUGCAGCAAUUCCUGGAGGCCUGGUACAACCAGAAGUUCCUGGGCACUCACUGCACUUUUGGGGAUGACCGGCAUCUCACCAACCGGAUGCUCAGCAUGGGCUAUGCUACCAAGUACACCUCGCGGUCCCGCUGCUACUCGGAGACGCCCUCUUCCUUCCUGCGCUGGCUGAGCCAGCAGACGCGCUGGUCCAAGUCCUACUUCCGCGAGUGGCUGUACAACGCGCUGUGGUGGCACCGGCACCACGCGUGGAUGACCUACGAGGCGGUGGUGUCCGGCCUCUUCCCCUUCUUCGUGGCGGCCACCGUGCUGCGGCUCUUCUACGCCGGGCGCCCGUGGGCGCUGCUCUGGGUGCUGCUGUGCGUGCAGGGCGUGGCGCUGGCCAAGGCGGCCUUCGCGGCCUGGCUGCGCGGCUGCCUGCGCAUGGUGCUGCUCUCGCUCUACGCGCCGCUCUACAUGUGCGGCCUGCUGCCGGCCAAGUUCCUGGCGCUCGUCACCAUGAACCAGAGUGGCUGGGGCACCUCGGGUCGCCGGAAGCUGGCCGCCAACUACGUCCCUCUGCUGCCGCUGGCCCUCUGGGCCCUGCUGCUGCUCGGGGGCCUGGUGCGCAGCGUGGCCCAGGAGGCCAGGGCCGACUGGUGCAGCCCCUCCCGGGUCGCGGAGGCCUACCAUCUGGCGGCCGGCGCCGGCGCCUACCUGGGCUACUGGGUGGUGAUGCUGACGCUGUACUGGGUGGGCGUGCGGAGGCUCUGCCGGCGGCGGAGCGGGGGCUACCGCGUCCAGGUGUGAGUCCGCCUCGCUGCUGCAGCGCCAGGGCCCUCAGGGGAGACCCGGGGAGACCUGCGGGCCCCAACUCCCUGGAGGAUUCUCUGGGCCGCGGUUUACCACCUCUGUGAAAAGAGGGGGUCAUGCAAGGCCCUACAGUCAGGACUAUAUUGGGGCUGAGACCAUAUUGGGUCUUGGGUAGGGGUAUUUAUUGAUCAGGGUGUGGGUUUUUAGGAUGGGGGGAAAGGACCCCACUUUCUCCCUGCUCUUAUUUAAUCUCUAUUUGUACUGUGAUUAGGAUGUAAUAAAGAAUUUUAUUUAUUUUC